AUGGAGCCCGAUACUUUAUCGCCGCACAACGAUAACACCGAAGAGCCGAGAAGUGACGGCUGUGAGAACAUGAGCUGUGUAAGAGAAGCUCCACGUGCCACGGACACGAUACACGGCACACUGUCUGUCAAUCUCCAUCUCACGACAGCUUUCCAUCCCUCGGGCGCAGCUGAAUCGCACAGUUAUACUCCAGCGGGAGUCGUUCAAGAUGCUACAGACGGAAACGGGCCUUCGGAUGCCAUGUCUUUCCGCCCAUACUCGUCUGCUUAUACCGAUCAACAGGCAGCUGGACUUCGCAUGGGGGCUGAACCACCGAUCGUCAUACCCGCAAAUGACAGUUCUGGGGCCAUGGACCUCUCCCAUAUUUACCCUGGCGACGGCCCACAUAACUUCGACUUUGACGCCUUCCUCGCCGCGCAACCAGAAGUUCAAGAUACUAGUGAAGAACUCCCACAUCAGGAAAAUCGGCCCAAUCCUCCAGGGGCAUCUUCUGGUGCCGGUCACACGGCAAUCGAACCUCCUGAUGCUGCACCACUCGCCAGGGAUCAGGCCAAUGAUACCCUUGGUCCCAUGGACGUCGCCAGCCUCGAUAUUGGCGAUGUGCUCGACGACUUCGACUUCGACGUCUUUCUCAACGGAGGUGACUCAUACCAGUGUGAUCAAUGUUCACAGCGUUUUGAUCAUGAUCUUGACUUGAAACGACAUGAACGAAUCCAUCUGGCCAUCAAGCCUUUCCCGUGCACACGAUGCGAGAAGAGCUUCUCGCGUAAGGACGCGCUCGCGAGACAUUUGCUUGUGAAGGAGUGCGGUACAGAGGCGGUGUCAAUUGACUGA